AGAAUAUGCAUCACCUUGAGAUGGCCGUAGCAGAAUGUGGAAAUACGUCGGCACCAGUCGCGUUAUCCAUCACAUCAGCAAGUAUUUCUGCAUUGCUACUCGUUGUUACGGUUCCUACCAACUUUCUGGUAUGUCUAGCAAUAAUCUUGGACCCAAAUCGUGAACUCAGGACGCAAUUCAACUGUUUUACAUUCAAUCUUGGUCUGGCUGAUUUGAUAGUCGGCUGUAUCGCGGAACCGGUGUCAAUUUACGCACAUUACACUGAAGCGUUUGCCUCCGAGCACGGCCACGAAGUUAGCAAUGUUGUUCUGAAAAUGUUUCAUAUACCAUACUUUAUUUCGGCGAUGGCAAGCGUUCUGAGCAUCGCGGCUCUAGCGUGUGAGAGAGAUUUAGCUAUCAAUUCGCCGUUUCUUUACCGCAGAUAUUUUAACGUGAGACUCACGGUAGUAUUCGCCGCGAUUAUUUGGCUUAUCGCGUUCACGUUCGGCUUGCUAAACUUGGUUUUUGACUACAUACUCGAGAGCUUUAUAUUUAUUAAUUCAGGAGCGUUAUUUACGGGGACAUUGGUGUGCUUUGCUUUUUGCUGUAUUAGGGUUAACUUGAAGAGAGCUUCAAAUCAAUGGCAGCAAAAUGAACGAAAUCAAAUAAAAAGAGGGAGAGAUAUGAUAACUCAAGCCAAACUAACAAAGACAUUCUCUUUAAUGAUAGGAGCGCUCAUGUUUUGUUAUGUUCCGGCAUGUUCCAUCGUUUACUUUAUAAAUUUAUGUACAAACUGCAAUUGUGAUCUGGUCCAAUGGUUCAGAGACGCCGCGUUCUGGUUGAUUCUUCUUAACUCGGCCAUCGAUCCCUACGUCUAUGCGAUUAGGUCAAGUACAUUUCGGAAUGCCAUUUACAAAAUUAUUAAAUGCAAAUGUCGGCAACGUAGACAGCCUCGGACAUUUCAGUCGAUAAGAUAUUUCAAACGAAACGUACAAAGAGUAAGUACCAAUUAUGGGGCGUUGGACAGCACUGAUAGCAGCCAAGCCUCGUGUCAAAUCGAAGAACGGACGCAGUUGAUCUAUAAAUCUUGAUCAUACUAUAGUAUUCAUUCAGUAAUUCAUUAUUCCUUGAUUCUUGAAUUGCAAUAGCGACAGUAAUGAUUGCGAUAGUAAUGAUUUGCACUGGGAAAUGAGUCCUGGAUCUCUGUGAACUGAAAGAGCAAUCACGAAUGCGUUGGGGGAGUGUAAUAAAAAAUGGAUCUUGUGAUCUC